GAGCAGAGGAGUACCAUGGCGAGCAGCUUCAGUUGCUCGGAACGUACAAAACUGACAUUGAUGUUGGCGCUGCUGCUCAUCUUGGUCAUGAUUCUUCGAGUCGAUGGCCAAUCUGGGUUCGUAAACGUCGACUGUGGAUGGACAGACAGUACUGGUAGCACCUACAACGACGGCGACACAGGACUAACGUAUGAUUCUGACGGAAAAUUUGUGGAAGGCGGUUUGAGCUCCAAAAUUUCUGCAGAGUUCAUGGCUGUUGCAGGGAACGAGCAACAAAAAACGCUGAGGAGCUUCCCUGACGGCAAACGGAACUGCUAUACGCUGCCAUCCGUCAUCGGUAAGAAGUUUCUGUUGAGGGCCAUCUUCAGUUACGGAAACUACGAUGAGCUGAACAGAACUCUGGACGGCUCGCCAUUCAUUUUUGGGCUGCAUAUCGGCGUCAAUUUCUGGGAGACAGUGAACUUGACAAAUAUCGAUCCAUCACUCGGAGUAUGGAAGGAGGUGCUCACCAUUGCUCCGGCCAACCACAUGUCGUUCUGUCUGAUAAACCUGGGUUCCGGGACUCCGUUCGUGUCUUCAUUGGAGCUGAGGCCACUAGGAGAUGCGAUGUACCCUUUUCUGAGUACUUCUGUGUCUGUCAGCUACGUAAAACGGUUCAGAUUUGGUAGCGUCACUAACUAUAUCACAAGAUAUCCAGUGGACGAUUACGACCGGUUCUGGGAGAGCUGGCCUUACAACACCUACCCCUGGAUCAGCCUGAGCACCAGCAGUUCAGUGAACAGGCUUAACAGCAUUGACGUCUUCCAAGUACCGGAGGUCAUCCUCCAGCAAGCCACGACCCUGGACACAAACUACUCCUUUAUGAACCUUGAUGUGGUUGCCGGCAGCAACCUGGACGCCAAGGGCAUGGAGCUUUUACCGAUCCUCCAUUUCACCGAUAUAACUCGUGACAGCCAAAACAGGAUGUUCAAUGUCUACAGCGCAGGCGAGUUGCUGUUCAAGUACGUCACUCUGUCGCCGAUGCGGGUAGAGAGCAUGUAUCCGACGGACCGGUUCUUGACGAAUCGGUUCUUGAGCAGUUCCAACACGUCCUUAAUCCUGCACAAGGUGCCCGGCUCAACGCUCCCGCCGCUCAUCAACGCAUUGGAGGUGUACUCGCUUGUUCGGACUGACAAUUUCACCACUUCCUCCGACGACGUCUAUUACAUAAAAGAGGUAAAGAAACACUAUAAUUUGGCAAGCAACUGGAACGGAGAUCCAUGCUCCCCGAGAGAGUAUACAUGGGAAGGUUUGACCUGCGACUAUUCCAAUGGCAACCAGAAUCCCAGGAUUGUCCGAGUAAAUAUGUCUACCAGCGAACUAAGUGGUGUAUUAGCUAUGUCAUUCUUGAUGAUGGCAUCACUGGAAAAUUUGGAUUUAUCACACAACAAUUUGACAGGCACUAUUCCAGACUAUGAACUAAAGUCACUAAAAGUCAUCAAUUUGUCUAAUAACAAGCUUGAUGGACCAAUCCCUAAUUCCAUUCUUCAAAGAUUUCAGGCCGGUCUACUUGACUUAAGACUAGAAGGCAAUCCCAUUUGCUCAAAAGUCAAAGACAUGUACUGUUCAAAUACGAAGAACACCAAACAUGUCAUGCUCACUGCAGUGAUAGUUGCAGUGGUACUGGUAUCACUCCUAGUAGUGCUGUGCAUAUUCUGGAAGGUAUGCAAAAAAGGGAACUCAGGAGACCAUGAGGACUAUGCCAUGUAUGAAGAGGAAACAUCUCUUCAUAUUGAUAUCAGACGGUUCACGUAUGCAGAGCUGAAGUUCAUUACUAAGGACUUCCAAUCAAUCUUUGGAAAAGGAGGUUUCGGUAUUGUUUAUCAUGGUACACUGGAAAAUGGCGACGAAGUAGCUGUUAAGGUGCUUAUGGAGACAUCAAUAGUAAAGUCAACAGAUUUCCUCCCUGAGGUGCAAACCUUGUCCAAAGUUCAUCACAAGAAUCUCGUGACUUUGGCAGGAUAUUGCCAAAACAAGAAGUGCCUAGCACUCGUUUAUGACUUCAUGCCUAGAGGAAAUCUUCAACAACUCUUAAGAGGAGGAGAUGACUAUACUUUGAACUGGGAACAGCGACUUUACAUUGCACUUGAUGCUGCACAAGGAUUGGAGUAUUUACAUGAGUCAUGCACCCCAUCAGUAGUUCACAGAGAUGUGAAGACCUCCAACAUCCUUAUAGACAAGAAUUUGGUGGGGAUAAUAUCCGAUUUUGGGCUUUCACGGGCGUUUAAUGAUGCUCACACACACAUAUCUACUGUUGCCGCUGGCACUCUUGGCUACCUCGACCCCGAGUACCAUGCAACUUUCCAACUCACUGUCAAGACUGAUGUUUACAGUUUUGGCAUCGUACUCUUGGAGAUGAUCUCUGGCCAACCCCCGGUAUUGGUGGACCCUCAAACCAUCCAUCUACCAAACUGGAUGCGCCAAAAGAUUGCUACAGGUAGUAUUCACGAUGUUGUGGACAAGAGGUUAUUCGAUCACUACGACGCUAAUUCCCUGCAGAGUGUGGUAGACCUUGCCUUGAUGUGCGUCGAAAACACAGCCAUCGACAGGCCAACCAUGCUCGAGGUUGUUUCAAGGCUCAAAGCAUGCUUGCCGGCGGUUCCAAGGCUAUCACAACUAAUGAUUUCUGGAGUUCCACCGAUAAGCAUUGUCGGGAACUUUCAGUCUGAUUAUGGCGGCCGAAUGUCAGAGACAAGCCUCUUAUCUGGCCGAUGA